AAUGGCGAGGUAAUGGAGCAGGAGAAACACUUGGAGAGAGAGAGAACAGAGAGGUAUGGCCCCUUGGUCGUUCUCCAUUUGGAGUGGGGGAUUUGCUGGUACAACUGUUACUAUCUCUUUUACUUGCGCGCCAUCUCAGAACUCUCGCUGCUGCUACUGCUAUGGAAAUGGCAAAGCACUCUUACCGGUACCAAGAAUAAGAGGUUCUUCUAUCUGUCGACUCUCUCUGAAUUUACCCCUCCAACCUCCUUCACUUCCCCCUAAGGAAUCCGAGUCCAAAUUUCUUUUCCAUGGAGUUUGGACGCCCACAACCAUUACUGCACGAUUUUUCUCCACUCCCACCACCAACACAGACUCCUUUGUAUAUCGUUUUCUCCUUCUGGCGCUGCCUCAACUAGGCGGCGAUGGCACCGGUGGUGGUGGCGGCAGCAGCAACAACAACAACGGUCAUGGGUGGAACUUUUUCAAUUUUGAUGGAUGGUGGGAUUGGUCCUCUUUCGCUCCCUUAUACCUUUUCUGCUCCCGUGUGCUGGACCGCCAGAGCGACAGAAUGAGUUUGGCUUCGAUUCAAAGGGAGAUAUUCCUCUUUCUUCUGACAGCGUUGGGUUCCUUCUGGUACUUCCAAUUGGGUUCAUUUGCAUUUGCAAGAGCUUCUCCAGAGGUCGUCUGGGAAAUAAGAGGUGGCAAGUGGACGAGGCUCGUCCCUGAUUCCGAUCCUUCAAAGGAUUCCUUUGUCGUGUCUGGAACAUCGUCAUCCACGUCUCCGUCCACGCAACUCGGUGACCCCAAGUCGUCCUUGUCUCUUGGACCCAAGUUGUGGAUGCAGUGCAGGGAUCUUUUCCUUCAGUUAAUGCUUCCGGAGGGAUAUCCCCAGAGCGUUAGCAGCGAUUAUUUGGAGUAUUCUCUCUGGAGAGGGGUCCAAGGUAUCGCUAGUCAAAUCAGUGGCGUCCUUGCCACCCAGGCAUUACUUUAUGCUGUUGGGUUGGGAAAAGGUGCUAUUCCAACUGCAGCUGCUGUUAACUGGGUGCUUAAGGAUGGAAUUGGGUACCUCAGCAAAAUUAUGUUGUCAAAGUAUGGCCGCCAUUUUGAUGUGCACCCUAAGGGAUGGAGGUUAUUUGCAGAUCUUCUGGAAAAUGCUGCUUUUGGGAUGGAGUUAUUAACUCCUGCAUUUCCUCAUCUCUUUGUUUUAAUAGGUGCAGUUGCUGGAGCUGGUCGUUCAGCUGCUGCUUUGAUUCAGGCUGCAACCAGGAGUUGUUUCUAUGCAGGCUUUGCUGCUCAAAGGAAUUUUGCUGAGGUGAUUGCAAAAGGUGAAGCUCAAGGAAUGGUGAGCAAGUCUAUUGGUAUCAUGCUUGGUAUAGGAUUAGCAAACUGUGUUGGAUCCUCCACAUUGCUAGCUAUUGCUGCUUUCCCUGUAAUAUCUGGAGUGCACAUGUUUUGCAAUCUCAAGUCGUAUCAAUCUAUUCAAUUGAGGACUUUAAAUCCUUAUCGUGCAAGUCUUGUCUUCAGUGAAUAUUUGCUUAGUGGUCAAGUUCCUCCUAUUAAAGAAGUCAAUGAUGAGGAACCACUUUUUCCAGGCAUAAGAAUUCUAAAUAUAAAUCCCAUAGAUAAAGUAUUGUCAGAAGCACUUUCUAUAGAAGCUAAAGAAGCAGCAGCUCAAAUUCAGCAGCGUCUGCAGUUGGGAUCCAGGCUUAGUGAAGUUAUUAACUGCAAGGAGGAUGCAAUUGCUCUGUUUGAUCUGUACAAAAAUGAAGGAUACAUGUUGGUUGAGAACAUGGAUAGAUAUUGUGUAAUACUUAAGGAGGGUUCAUCUCCACAAGACAUGCUCAAGUCGUUGUUCCAUGUCAACUAUCUGUACUGGCUGGAGAGAAACGUGGGGAUCAAGCCAAGAAGUGCCACUGAUGACUGCAGACCUGGAGGAAAGCUGCAAAUUUCUUUAGAUUAUGUGCAGAGAGAAUUCCACCAUGUUAAGCAUGAUGGGAAUUUAGCUGGCUGGGAUACUGACGGGCUAAUUGCUAGGCCAUUGGCUAACAGGAUUUCUGUAAGCUAUGCCACCUCUGCUCCUACAAGUUGAUAAUGAGAGGCCAUGUAUGCUUGCAUUUACUUUUGUGUCUCUUAACGGAGCAGGAGAAUGUGCAAAAAGGGUUGGAGAACUCGGGAAGAAGGCAAAAUGAUUCUUUUGCAAAAGUUACAUGGUUGACCUGUUGAAGAUCUAUAACUCCUUCACCCAUCACCAAAUUGGUGAAUGAAGUGAGGUGGUGCAGGAUAUCUAUGUUGGAGUUGAGAUGAGUGUUUCAGCAGUCUCAUGAAUUUCACUUCAGUGAGGUAUAUGUCUGAGAUACUUUUCAACAGAACGUUAAUGAAGGAUGUCUCUAGUUUACAAUUAACUCGUAAACAAUAAUGGGAAGUCUUGUAUACUUUUCGGCAUUCUUGAAGUAUAUGGUACCUGGCUCAUGAAAGAAACUGCUUAGUAUUCGGUACCCAUGUAUAAGGUAUUGUGAGGCACACGGGUUGAUGUACGACACUCGUGUGCCAUAUAAAUUAUCAAAAACGGAUCUAAUUGACCCUGUUUUAAUUA